GGAGCAUCUAGAAGGUGAAGAGAGAGGAGGAGAGGGAGAAAACAGAAAACAACUGAGAACAUGACUUCACUGACACUUUUGAGCACUGGAGAGGAAGACUGCAACUGCUCCUGGCAGACAUGAAGCCGUACUUCUGGCGUGUCUUUGUCUUCUGCGUCCUAAUCAGACUUUUGACAGGAGAAAUCAAUGACUCGGCCAACCAUAGGAUGUUUUCAUUUCACAAUGGAGGUGUACAGAUUUCUUGUAAAUACCCUGAGACUGUCCAGCAGUUAAAAAUGCGAUUGUUCAGAGAGAAAGAAGUCCUCUGUGAACUCACCAAGACCAAGGGAAGCGGAAAUGCGGAGUCCAUCAAGAAUCCAAUGCUCUGUCUAUAUCAUCUGUCAAACAACAGCGUCUCUUUUUUCCUAAACAACCCAGACAGCUCCCAGGGAAGCUAUUACUUCUGCAGCCUGUCCAUUUUUGACCCACCUCCUUUUCAAGAAAAGAACCUUAGUGGAGGAUAUUUGCAUAUUUAUGAAUCCCAGCUCUGCUGUCAACUGAAGCUCUGGCUACCCGUAGGGUGUGCAGCUUUCGUUGUGGUUCUCCUUUUUGGAUGCAUACUUAUCAUCUGGUUUGCAAAAAAGAAAUACGGAUCCAGUGUGCAUGACCCUAAUAGUGAAUACAUGUUCAUGGCGGCAGUCAACACAAACAAAAAGUCUAGACUUGCAGGUGUGACCUCAUAAGCUGGAACACGGGGACCCACGGAGGAAACGCACGGACUAGUUCCCCUGAAACUUGAAUGGAGAAAUUCUUCUAUUUUCUGGACUACAGGGCACCUGACUUGAUUUAACUACAGACAACAUUCUGCUGGUGUUUUGUUUGUCUGGAUCAGUGACUAUCAGUCAUUCAGAAUUUCAGCAGACUGCCCUGGGUUUGCUGAGUCCUUUUAAGAUGAACCCCUUCUUAUGGAAGACCCAGCUCAUAUGUAUUCAACAAACAGACCUCAUUGGGAUAAAAUGCCCCUCUCUCCGCGCCUGAUUCUAGCUAUGCACUGGCCAGGAAAACAAACAUAUCUCCAGCAUUUUUUACAAAAAUGCCAAGGGUAUGAACCUGUAAAGCACACAGGCAGUCAAUGGCCACCAUCUGUCCUCAUUUUUCAGAUUCCGUUUUCUUUCCAUAGAGAUCAGCAUUCUUUCUAGAAUCAGACAGUAGAGGGAGAUGCUUCACAACAGAAGCACUUGUUUCUGCGAUUUGAUGUAUAUACUUCAUCGAACUCAUGCAUUAGAACCAACAUGCUCUCUUCCAAUUUCUAGACUCUAGCUGAUCACUGCUUCAGGGCUUAGAUGCCUGCUCUUGCCUUCAAAUUUCCACUUAAAGAUAUGUCCGAAUGUCUACUUGGCAGCUUGCAGUCACUCCAAAUAGGAAGCUCAGCCUAUAUUCCCUUCCACCCCUGUUACUCAAAAAAAAAAAAGUAGAUAUGAUGUUCCCAUAUUCUCCCUGCCAAAGUAAUUUUUUCCAGAAAAGACAUCUAAAUUCAGUUAAUAUGGUUUACUAUGUUGAUAUUAGUGGUAGUAAACAUUUCUCAGAAACAAAAGCAAAUUAAUUUUGCUGUGGUGUUUUCUACUAUUAUCUGUGUUUCCAUGGUGCUAUUAAUCACAAGCUUAGCUAUUUUUGUAGAUCAUAUUAAAGUUGCAAGCAAGGAAAGCAACCCUCUGUUAAUGGGCAAACAUUCUCCUGGGGUAGAAUGAAUUGUCUAUUUAGCCUGAAAGCUGCGGUUUCUGGGUGGUGGCUGCCAGACUACAGCCACACUUUGCUCUCUCUGGGUUUGACAGGUUGAAGUAGUCCCCCUGGAGCAGCAUUCCAGGCUACGCUGGAGUCCCAGAGUUGGGAGAUGCCACCGAGCCUGGGACAAGCUGCUGCUUUGGUCUCUAGGAUCUGGGAAGUACAGUAGGGCCAAGACAGAAUUCCCUCUCCUAGACACUGUGCAGCCUGGAAGUCAGCCCUAGCACUUUAAGAUAGAAUUCGUUGAUUUAGAGUUCGUUGGAAGGAUUCUGAAGUGUAAACAGCAUAUGACUGACUGCUCUGACCUGGACCAUUUUCUCCACUUUCCUGUCUGCAUGCCUAAGACUUCUGGAGCAGCCAAUGUGUAUGCAACAUAAAAAAACAAAAAAACAAAAAAACCCACAGACUUUAAGUAAAAUAUGGCUGCAUCAUAGUUUUAAGUUAUAGUUGCUUACUUACAGUUUACUUUAAAUGUGAGCUGUGUGUCAGUAUAUACUUAUUACGUUAAGCAUGUGUAGUGCUGGCUAUGUACAGUACAGUACUGAACGUGUAAUUUGAAUCAAGUAUGGUGUUCUCUCUCUUCAGAUGACUCAGGCAGUCUGGCUUUGUUAGGGCAUUCCCCAAGUUGGACGGUCCUUUCUGUGUGAGGGUGAAGGUGCUUUACUCUGUUCCUUGAAGGAUCCCCAUUCCCAACACGAAUACCUAACAACGACUUCUUGAAGAACAAAAUUUCUGUGAAAUAAAAUCUGGCUUAAAGAGGAGCCACUUGCUAAAAGAUGUUAGCAAUAGUACGAAGUAAAGGCUAAGCACUUGUGUGCAGCAAUGGGCUAUAACCUUGCUGUGUUUUCUGGGGGCGAAGAAGUGAUGACCUUAGCUACCAUAUGCAAAUUAGCCCUUGCUCUCCAAUGACCUUGCGUGCUACAUAAGAUAGUUGCUCCCUUUGUCUCGCUUUUCCCCUUUUAGACUCUGAAAUAUUCACAAGCUUACAAAAGAGUCAGAAGCACAGGAAACAGCAUGCUCUGUGCCUGAGUUAGUUUCUGCAUUGACCUCCUGGCCCCACAGAAUGGUGCCUAUUUCCUAUGGAAAUGAAGACUGCACUCUUUGAUAACUUGACAGUCACCAAUAUCAGAAAAUUAACACUGAUAUGUCACUACCCUCUAGUCUUUGGUCUGCAUUCAAAAUCUUCCCCUGGCUUCUAGGAUGUAUGUAGGAGCUGAAAGUUCUGCUGGGGACGUCCCUUUGUGUUCGAUUGACCUGUCUCGGGAGUGUUCUUCAGUCUAGACAGUUCUCUACAGCCUGUAGCCUGGGCUCUUUUGCAGAUCACACACCAUUAUUUUGUAGAAUGUUCCUUUUGGGGCGUCACUCUAAUGUAUCUUCAUGAAUGAAAUGAGGUUACUCGUCUUUAUCAGAAAUAACACAGAAGUGGUGUUGUGCCCUAUAGGGCGGCUCACAUUUUGGUUUGCCAAGUUACUGCCAGGAUUUGUUUUCAUCUUCUGUCAAGCUUCUCCAUUGUAAAGGGAUUCUGCUCUCGAACAGCCAAUAAAUAUGCUUUGUGAGAGA